AGAGAGAAGGAAGCACAUCCGCCCCACUCGUGGAAGGGGCCUCUUCUGGCCAUGUCUCCUGCGGCGGAUGCUGAGCCAGAUGGGAACCAGCGAGACAGGCACGUCAGCAAGCUCAUUUUCUUCCUCUUCGUCUUUGGCGCAGUCCUGCUGUGUGUGGGAGUCCUGCUCUCCAUCUUCGGGUUCCAGGCAUGCCAACACGAACCCCUCCCACACUGCAGCACGGUGCUGAAGGUUGCUGGGCCUUCGUGCGCGGUGAUUGGGCUUGGGGCGGUGAUCCUGGCCCGUUCCCGGGCUCGACUUCAGCUCCUGGAGGGGCGGCGUCAGGGCAGCCAGACAGACCCCGACAGAGCCUUCAUCUGCGGAGAGAGCCGCCAGUUUGUCCAGUGCCUCAUCUUUGGGUUUCUGUUCUUGACGAGCGGCAUGCUCAUCAGCAUUCUGGGCAUUUGGGUGCCUGGAUGUGGCGCAGACUGGGGGCAGGAACCAUUGAACGAGACGGACACUGGGGACAGCGAGCCCCAGAUCUGUGGGCUCCUUUCUCUGCAGAUCAUGGGCCCCUUGAUUGUGCUCGUGGGAUUGUGCUUCUUCGUGGUUGCCCACAUUAAGAAGAAAAACAACUUGAGUGCAGGCGGGGAUGCCUCUGAAAAUGAAGAGGGACAGACCCAAAGCACGGAUCCUGUCCAGGUCACUGUAGGUGAUUCGGUGAUAAUAUUUCCACCUCCUCCACCACCAUACUUUCCCGAGUCUUCAGCUUCUGCAGUAACUCGAAGUCCUGGGGCUAGCAGUCUGCUUCCAAGUGAAAAUCCACCUUCUUAUUACAGUAUUUUUAACUAUGGGAGUCCUGAGAACCAGGGUGCAGCCUCUGAGAGAGAUUGUGAAUCUAUAUAUACUAUUUCUGGUACUAAUUUAUCCUCUGAGAUCGCGUACACUCCACAUCCUUCCUCUGAACCGCCUCCUAGAUAUGAAGAAAAAGAAAGUACUACAGCUCCAUCUUUGUCUCCAUCUUCUGAACCUUCCCCACCAUGAACUACAGACUCCAGCUCAGUUUUAUAUAUAAUGGAUCACUAUUUUAUUUAAUUUUUUUUAAUAAAAAAACCUAAUUGCA